CAUUUUGUUGCUUGUUUCUGAACUUCUUUUUCUUCCAAUCAAAUCUUGACAUGUCAUUUCCUCAUACGCAGAGAGACUGUACUGAAACUAAGAAGUGUUUGCUCUCCGCUGCUCUUAAAACGUGUUAGAUUUGUUCGUAGUAAAUUAGUUUCAUUUUUCUCUCUAUUUAUGGCGCUUGAGGCUGACCUGUCGUGUCCCGUGUGCACUGAACUCUUCAUAAAUCCUGUGUUAUUGAGCUGUGGACACAGUUUCUGCCGUCAGUGCAUCAAUGAUCACUGGACCUCGAGUAGAUCCAGAAACUGUCCCGUCUGUCGACAGGUGUCACCGCAGCAACCGGUGUCCAAUCUGAGCCUGAGGAACACCUGCGAGUCUUACCUGAGAGAGCAAAACACGAGGAAAGAGAGGGAUGGAGGACAAGAGUGUCAGAUACAUGGAGAGAAAAUUGAGCUGUUCUGUCGAACAGAUGAACAGGCUAUAUGUGCAACAUGUAAGAAACACGAACACAAAUGGCAUAAAACACUGUCGCUACAACAGGCUGUUCGACAACGAAAGGGGAAGCUGAAAGGGGAUCUUCGUUCAGCUGAAAAGAGUUUGGUGUCAUUACAGAAUGGAACAGCACAAGAUAACAAAAUCUCCAGGUACAUUCAGUCUCAAGUUCAGCAGACAGAGAGGAUUAUCAGGAUGGAGUUUGAGAAACUCUAUCAGUUCCUCAGAAAGGAGGAGGAGAGCAGGAUAGCAGCUCUGAAUGAAGAGGGGAAAGAAAAAGGUGGGAAGAUAGAAAGAAGAAUACAAGGAGGAAUACUAUCUCUCUGUGAACAAGUCAGAGAACUGAAAGAAGAAAUUGAGGACGAUGACAUCACCUUCCUGCAGAACUAUCACACAACUAUGAACAGAGCUAAAUACAUGCUUCCAGAUGCAGAACUGAGUUCAGAAACAUUUAUUGAUGUUUCCAAACAUCUGGGCAACUUGAAGUACCGAGUGUGGGAGAAGAUGAAGGACGUCUGCCCUUACUAUCCUGUGAUCCUGAAUCCAAACACAUCUCCACCGGACGUCUCUGUGUCAGAUGAUCUGACCUCUGUGACCUCAUGUUUCCGUUGGCAGGAUGAUCCCAACCCUCUUCCUCUGCACAGGAACCGUGUGGUGCUGGGGAGUGUGGGAUACAGUGAUGGUGUUCAUACGUGGGAAAUUGAGGUGGGAAACAGUCGGCACUGGAGCCUUGGAGUGUGUUUUAGACAGGAGGGAAAACCUACUACACAACCUUUGACCUCUGAAAAUGGCUUCUGGGGUCUCAGUCGUGAUGGAGACUCAUACAGAUUGAUGACCGCUGGACUGCUGAGAGUGCAGAUGAUGGAUGAUCUAGAGGUAGUCAGAGUAAAGCUUGACACUUGUCAUGAGUUUGUUCAGGACACGUUGCAGCGGAGACGCUGGAGGAUGGUGAGCUUCUCUGAUGCCAGAAGUAAUAACCUUAUUGCAUCAUUUAAUAGAGUGCCACUGGGGAAUGAACUCUUUCCCUUUGUGAUCCCAGAAGAUCAGUCCAUCCCGCUGCGUGUCGUCCCAGGUAACGUUACUCUGACUGUUGAAAAGGAAUUAUCGUUCCUGGAGAGACAUCUAGUCUUGCUCAUUGCCUGUUUUGUUUUUGUGUUUAUAUUGGGGAUUUCAUUUGGAACGAGUGUCAAACAAGGCAGAUGAAAAGGAAAUGGUUGUUCAUUUACUGUAAUUGUCUGUUAAUGGUUCAGUCAGCUUAGACAGACUUCUGAAAAUUGAAGGGUUCCUGCACUAUUUAAUAUAAUAUAUACUUAUAUUGAAUAUAAUGGAGAACAUCCGUGAUGGUGUAUCAUGUUAUUCUCAUGUGACUGGGACAUAAGUUAAUGACUCUAGCAGCACGGUAUCCUGGUUAAUGUGUGUAAAUAUCCCAUUUGACCAGGUCUUGUAAAACUUUCAUGUCUUCCCACUUUUCCUAUUAGUUGUUUGCAUUGCUAUUUGUUUUUUGACUAUAAUGGCUUUCUCCAAUAAAUGUUUGUACAUGGGUGAAGCACA